AUGAAUCAAGAGUUAGAGGCAGCUUCUGCUUCACCUAAAAUAGCCAUUUUUGAAGCAUCUGAUGAGUGUCCAUCCUUCUUUGAGGCUGAGAAGUUCGCAGAAGACUUCUCUGAUGACAGAUUUAUGAUUUUCAGCGAUCAAAAGUGGACAGAAACCUUGAACGAGCCUGUUAAAGAUCAUGAUUUCGAUCUCAUUUUGACCAAAUUUGAAAGUGGAUCCUUCAAUGGUAUUGAAAGCACGAUAGCGAAUCAAAAAACUCCUAGUAGGGAGGACUCAGAUGACAAAAUAUCGCUAGAUAGCAUGAACAGCUGCAAGCAACUCUAUUCUGACGUGUCUUCGUGCUUUUUCGACUGAGAAGUGGGUUCAGGGGACAAAAUGCCUCAUUUCCUUAAAAAUAAUGAAAAUACUGAGACAGUAGAAGUUUUCCCAAACAACAAAAGUUUUAUCCUAUCUGAUAAGGGAGAUUCGUUCAAUAACACACUCUUAGAAGGUGCUAGCCAUGAUGAGAAUCUUAUUUCUUCCAAGAAAAGCACUAAGAGCACAAAAAGAAUCAAGAGAUGGCUCAAGGAUGAGGAUAGAACACUCAUCAGUAUAAUCCUUGGUUUAAUCAAAGAGAACAGUUUAAUCGAAGAGGAAUUAAGAGGAAGCAUAGAGACUAAUACAGAUACUAAAAACGUGUGGAUGUUCAUUCAAAACAAGCUCCACACUUCUCGCUCGCUCGAUUUCCUCCAAUCUCGGUACUACAAGUUACUCAGUAAUCAGAAAUUGAAUUCGAAAGAGGCAGCUCUCUUGGCCGAUAAGUACGAUACAGUGUCUAUUGAAAAGUUCAUGGUCAUCUUCCCGGGUAAAACCAGAGAGACCCUAACAAGCCUUAUUUCAGAGCUAAGAUCGAAGGAAAGGAAGAGAAGAAUUUCUGAAGAAAAGUUUGGUCAUGAGAUAGAGUCUCAGAAGGACCUCAAGAUCUGCUCACUAGUAAAACAACCAGUGAUCACGCUUAACACCUUUACGGACAAGGGUCUCACAGUCCAUAUUGGAGAUAUGGAGGAAUUGGGAUCCACAAAAUUGCUUAAAAAGUUGGAUAAAAAGACUCUGAAAAGACUGAGCUACGGUCUGAACCAAAUAAUUGGGGACAUCUAUCACCAAAAAGCUCAUAUGUCAGCCCUCUAACGGCUCUGAG